GAAAACCUCAGUCAAGUUUUGUGAGUCGACGGAGGCACAUCAGUUUAUCAGUGCGCAGACGAUUCCACCACUAUCGACACGUUGUUUUUUUUUUUAACUGUGGAUAUUUCUACCGCUUUUGUUUCCGACUGAGAGCACAUAUAGAGACACAGACAAGUGACCCAGAAAGUGGCCCAGGUGGCGCUGUCGCUUUAAAGCGAACAACUCCCCCCUCCCCCUAAUAUCGGAGUCCCCAGUCACCCAGAUAUCAUGGACGGAUUCUAUGACCAGCAAGUCCCUUUUAUGGUCCCACCCAAUCACAAAUCUCAAGUGGAGGAACCGUCUCACAACAGGCCUCUAAACGAAAGGAAGCGGAAAUUCAUCGACACAGAACUUGCCCAGGACACAGAAGAGCUUUUCCAAGACCUCAGUCAACUACAAGAGAUCUGGAUUGCUGAAGCCCAGGUGCCUGAUGACGAACAGUUUGUCCCAGAUUUCCAGUCGGAUAGCUUGAUGUUUCAUGGCCCGCCACCAGCCAAAAUCAAACGAGAGCUGACUCCGUCCAAAGAGCUUUCUCCCUGUCGCCAGGACAGGAGUCCCAUGCCCUACGGAGAGAAGUGCCUUUACAGCUACAGUGCCUGUGACAGGAAGCCCACUCCUGGGUUCAAGCCAUUAACCCCUCCCUCAACACCAGUUUCUCCUUGUGGGCCCACCAGCACAGCAGGAACACAUCCACUGAGUGAGCAGACCCCCCCACCACACCCACAUGGAGCCAAUCCAACUCCAGGUCCACGUCCAGUGCACGUACAACAGCCUAUAACUGCGAGUGCUGGAGCCCCCAACCAGCAAGCCCUCCACAGCCUGCCCUUUGCUGUUCCCUGUGCACCCAUCAGCCAGGAUGCUAACAACUUCACCCCUGAGCACCGGUUUCAGAGGCAGAUGUCGGAGCCAUGUCUACCUUUUCCUCCAUCAGAGAGCCAAGGACGCCCACAGUUUUUGCCACAGACCCCCAGCAGCAGCAACAACAAUCUGCCAUGUGAUGGGCGGCCACCGUACCACCGGCAGAUGUCGGAGCCUCUGGUGGCCGUACCUCCACAGGGUUUCAAGCAAGAGCUCCUCGACCCACGAUACACUGAGCAGGGUGUCCCUACCAUGGGCCCCCCAGGACCACCUGCAGGCCCACCUCGACAGGCCACUUUCCAUCCCAUGGCCAUCAAGCAGGAGCCUCGUGACUUCUGCUUUGAUUCUGAAGUGCCUAACUGUCAGUCAACGUUUGGGAGAACAGGGAGCUUCUACCAAAAUAACCAUGAAAACUUCUCCUUCGACAGAGAUCCUCAACUAUACUUUGACGACACUUGUGUGGUCCCCGAAAGAUUAGAAGGAAAAGUAAAACAGGAGCCUUCUGUGUAUCGUGAAGGUCCUCCCUACCAACGCCGUGGCUCCCUGCAGCUCUGGCAGUUCCUGGUCACUUUACUGGAUGACCCGGCCAAUGGCCAUUUCAUAGCCUGGACCGGUCGCGGCAUGGAGUUCAAACUCAUAGAACCCGAGGAGGUGGCUCGUCGCUGGGGCAUCCAGAAGAACAGACCAGCCAUGAAUUAUGACAAACUGAGUCGCUCCCUGCGUUACUACUACGAGAAGGGCAUCAUGCAGAAGGUAAAGGUGGCUGGUGAGCGGUACGUGUAUAAGUUUGUCUGUGACCCAGAGGCUCUGUUCUCCAUGGCCUUCCCUGACAACCAGAGGCCCAACCUGAAGGCAGACCCCGACAGCCUCCCCGGCCUGGACGAUGACACAGUGCCCCUCACCCAUUAUGAUGAAACAGCUCCGUAUCUGCUGGAUGCAGGGGAACAGUGUGUGGCAGCCUUGCCCUUCCCGGACGGCUAUGGCUACUAAUGCUUUGUGGUCCUGAUGCACAACACACAUGUACACACAGACACUCCUUAUGUCUCUGGACGCCCACUCCAGGCUUUCUACCUGGAGCUGGAACUGCUGAGCAGCAUGAAGAAAAAAAGUCUCAUGCUCUGCUCUUUCAAGUUUCACUCUCCUCCCUGGAAAACCUUCGUACAGUCUGACUCCGUAAGGUCCCUGGCUAAGAAGAAUGAGGGAAAAACCUGCAACAGCUCUUCUGCUAUGCCAUCUAAUGAGAGAGAGAGAGGGAGAGACCAUCAUGAAAACAGUUCUGCCCACCUUACAAGAUUCCUGAAGUAAGGCAAGAGGCUGCUGUUGCUGUGGAGACCAAACAAAGCAAGGCCCAAGGCCUCCAACUUUAAAAGAACUGCCAGACCCCCCUUUGUACAAGACUGCAAGAGUUGUUACAUUUCUGAUUUUGUGACAAUCUGCUUUUAUUAAAACAAUCAAAUAUCCAACAGAGCAAAAUAUUUAAAAUCUAAGAUAUUCUAACUGCAGCACUAUUCUAUAGUUGCCUUUUUGGGUCCCCCAUUUUCAUGUCACUGCAUUUUAACUACAAGAUCCGUCAAAGGGCUUUAAUUUGCAAAAACGGAUUGACAAACAACCCACAACAUAUUCAAAACCCACAAACCACUUUGUUUUCUGUAGAUAUUACUUUUUUGAAAAUAUGCCUGGUAUGUUCUGUUGACAGUUUAGAGACCCAGAGCUCAGGAUUCUGGGAUGUUGCUGUAUUUCAGGCUAGUUGGUUGGGCUGUUCUCUCGUGUAAAUGCUACGUUCUUUAACUGUUCUGCCCGUGUAAGAGAUUGUAUCUGCUUCCCUUUAGAGACUGCAUAACAUGGUAGGGGCCCACAGUCUACACAGUACACUCCUCUUCACAUCUGUUCAUCACUGCUGGGUCCUUUUGUUGAUCGAGGUCAGUGCUAGAGCCCGACCGGUUCUGGAUUUCUGGGGCCACUAUACAGGAUUAUAUAUACACGUAUAAACUGUUUUUACUAUGAUCUCUCAAAAGUGGCCAUCAAACCCCUGGCACAAAUAUUCUACAGUUUAACAAUAAACCUUCUUAUCCAAAGUCUGACAUGUGCACUGAACAGUAAACUUCACUACUUACAAAUAACUAAGCAAACAAAAACAAACUCAACAAAAUGUAUAACUUGAAUUAAGAAAUUAACCAUUUAUUACUGCAUUAUAUGUUCUAUAAAUCAAGGUUUUGAUAUCAACACUUAUCCAAAAGCGUAUACACCAAUAUCUGUGAUGGGCCCAUACUGAUGAAUCGGUCGGGUUUUAAUUAGCGCUCCUCCGUUACAAAGUACAUAUUUUUCCCUGAGCGGCUAAUGAAAUCAUGUAUGAUAAACGGUUAUGUUGCUCCUUUUUUUUGUAUUUCUGUCUGGGUGCUUGAUGUUUCCUUGGCCGUGUACUAGUUCCUCUGAUGCACCAAUGUAUGGCAGGAGCAUCAGGACCUUGCAUGCAAAAAAAGAAAGGGGUGACAUUUUGACACCAUUUUUGGACACCUCUCUGCCAAUCACAAGUUGUCAACAAGAGGCCUCCGCUUCUAUUUGCAUGGUGUAAUCAGUCAAGACUGUGUGUUCACCAACAUAUCGCUUUACUGUCUUUGGACAAAGAAGAUAUUUGUGAUAUUCUGCAAAUUUUUUUUUUUUUUUUGUGUUCAUUUUGUUUCUGAACGGGGGCAAAGACAAACUUAUAUAAAGUAUAUAUUUUUGCUAUAAGGCUGCAUUUGUUUUGAUUUUAAUGUAUAAGCUGUAUAGUUCUGGCUCUAAUAGAUAUGUACCUUUUUAAAAAACUGUCCUUAUUAAAACUUACCCUCAUCCUUAUGAUGCUACUACUGCAGACUGUUUCUUUAAGAGGCUUCUGUAUUGGGUUGGAGCGUGUAUGUGAAGAUGUUAUUAUCUUGGCUGUAAAGUAUGUGUGUAAAGGCCAGAGUUCCAGCGAAGGCUACAGUAGAGACGCACGUUAAAUCAUGAGAUCCUUCCCAUACACAGGGAUUGUCUGCACUUGUAUAGGCUUCAGUCCCCUCCCCUCACAAUGUGUUUCUUACACUGCUGAGUUUAUGAUAAUCUGUACUGGGUACAAUAAACGGUCCUCUAUGCUUCACUGCUUGCA